AUGCAAUACGCUUUAGAGAAAGCUCGAUUGUCUCCGCCAGCGCCAACCAAGUUCUGCGUUGGAGCAGUUCUUGUCGACGCAGAUAAGAACGAGAUCUUAUCCACGGGAUACUCGAUGGAAUUGCCAGGGGAUCGACCCGCAGAUCCAGGCAAUACGCACGCAGAACAAUGCUGUUUCAUCAAAGUUGCAGAAAGACAUAAUAUACCAGAAGACCGAUUGGGCGAAGUGUUACCCAAAAAUACAGUACUAUACACGACAAUGGAGCCUUGCAACGAGCGACUGAGCGGGAACAGGACGUGCGUCGACAGGAUAUUGAGUCUCAAGGGUGCCGUUAAAGUGGUCUACGUCGGGAUCAAGGAACCGGAGACGUUUAUCGGUCAGAAUCUGGGCAGGAAGAAACUCGAAGACGGUGGUGUUAUUGUUGAGCAUGUUGAGGGUAUGGAGCAACAGAUUCUGGAGGUAUCUAUGGCAGGACACAAUAAAUGA